AUGGAUGAACCAUGCGAUGAAGAUAUCAUCACCAAGAUAAAAGAAUCCAGAAGGGCGAACAUUGUUGUUACUGUUUCACCUGAGAAUUCCGACACAGAUGAAGAGCCAUUAAAUGAAGAAGAGGCAAAAGAGAUGACAUUGACCAAUCCAAUGCCCAGGUUCUCGAUUUCAAUAUUCAUCAGGAUGCAUCCAAAGCUCCAGCUCCGAUCAUUGUGCAACUUCACAUAUGAACAGUUGGAAUACCUCGCUGACUUUAUUGAAUCCAACUGUGGAAGGGCCAGAAGAGGAAGGAAGGUCAAAUUUUCAACAAUCAAGUCUCUCUUCCUCACGCUCACAUAUUACUGCACAUACUUGCUCUAUUCAGCAUUAUGUCCGUUGCUACAUAUUUCCCAGUCAUGCUAUUCCAAAUUAGUUACAAGAACUACCAAAGUUGCAUUUCCAAUCUUUACGAGCUAUUUUCUUCCCAAUCACUGUCCACCGUUAACUUCAAUGAAGAAAAUCCAUAACAUUCUCCUAAGAUUUUUUUUAAUUUAUCUCAAUUAA